CAUUUUGAAUGAAAGUGGCAAUCUGUGCGGAUUACCCAGUUUGAGAGCUGCAAAUUAGAAAAAAAAAAAAAAAAGAGGAUAUUGUAUCUUGGGUGCUAAUUUUUUGACUCAAAGCUGAGGGAGACGACAUGGGUUCCGUUUCUAACCAGGAGUUCCCAGGAGUGUGUAAGACGGAGGGAGAUGAGGGACCCAGCACAGAGGAGGACGCGCAGUCUUUCCAUGGGGUUGGGGUCUGCAAGUGGUUCAACGUCCGCAUGGGCUUCGGGUUCCUGUCCAUGACCAACAGGGAGGGAGUGCCGCUGGAAGAACCGGUUGAUGUAUUUGUCCAUCAGAGCAAGCUGCACAUGGAAGGAUUCCGCAGCCUGAAGGAAGGCGAAGCGGUGGAGUUCACCUUCAAGAAGUCAUCGAAGGGCCUGGAGUCGCAACGGGUUACUGGACCCGGUGGCAUCCACUGUGUCGGCAGCGAGCGGAGGCCCAAGGGCAAAAAAGUCCAAAAGCGUCGUUCAAAGGGAGACAGAUGUUAUAACUGUGGAGGCCUAGAUCACCACGCCAAAGAGUGCAAGUUACCACCCCAGCCCAAGAGGUGCCACUUCUGCCAGAGCAUCGACCACAUGGUCGCCAGCUGCCCAGUCAAACAACAACAGUCCUCGCCGGCUUCUCAGGGAAAACCGUCGCCCUUGAAGGGAGACGAAGGGGAGCACAGCCAACCGGCGGCGCCUCCUGAGACCUCUGAUUAAACAGGAGACCGAGCCUCGCCGAAGCACAAGAGCCAAUCAAACUGCUUUGACGGUUGAGGAGGGAGACAAAAAUCCCCUUCUCACCCAUUGAAGCUGCUUUUGGAAUUACCUCAGGUUAAAAAAAAAAACACUCAUGAAGAAUGUUUUGUUUUAUUGUUUUAAUUUGGUGUAACACUCAGGAAUACAGCUUGAAUUUUGCACUCAGGAAGUUCAAAUAGUGUAAUAACUGCUACCAGUGUAGCUGCUGCUACGUGUCGAGUUUAGAGAUAAAAACACAAACGGCUACAGAUUAUUUUCAGUUGGCUAUAUUUUCAUUGGGAGAUUUAUCAGUUGUUGUUUUUUUGUGUGUGUGUGCGUUUUUUGCAUUAUGCUCAAUUGGUUUAGAAUAGUCCUAAACUUUUGCUGCCUUAUCAUUCACUCUCCUUCCUGACUGUUACACCUUACUCUCGACAAAGCAGAGAUAUACCGGACAGUGUCUCUGUGAUGAAUGUUAGCUUCCAGAUCAUGUAGGGGAAGGAUUGGGGGGGUAAAAAAAAACACAAAACGGGUUUAAAGGGUAUUGGUGUCGGCAAAGCACUGUAGUGACAUUUGCCAGUGUUGCUGUUGACCAUCCAGAUUCCUGGGGCCAAAUGAAUGUCAGACCAAAAGAGGUGUUAUCUGGGUUUUGGUCCAUUAUUUUAUUUUAUUUCAUUUUUUUAUACUCAGCAUUUUGCUGGUAGGUUCGGUCUACCUCACUAGUGCAUGUUUGGUCUAAUAUUUAUAGAUAUCUGAUUUUUAGUUGAGAUUAAAUCAAAUCCUUUUUGCACUACAGAAUGUAUGCAGGAUGGAAGUCAUCCAUCAUUUACCACCUUAAAGAGUAACUCGGCAACCGGACUUGCAGCAGUUCCACAAUGUACUGCACUGUACGGGUGAGAUCUGAGAAACUAAAACCACUCUGUGGUUGAUGGGUAGUGUUACAAGGUCAGUAGAUUUCUGAAGAACGCUUUUCAUUUCAGUCAAAUCUGAAGGCAAAGAAAACCAAUGAUCACACCUCAGUGGCUCUUUUGCUUCUUUUCAUGAAACAAUGUCCAAAUGUCAGAAGUUGGCAGGAAGCUCUCCGAUGUGCCGACUGCGAUGUCAGUGUUUCAAGUUAUGAGAUUACUAGGUUUAAACUUCCCAUGUUAAGCUAUGCACACUCCGUCUGGUUCUGUGAUACAAAACUUCCCACUGUGAAGUAUGAAUGCAUAUUAUCCAGCCCUACAGAUGAACUACAAUUUAUUAGAACAUCAUUAAAAAGCUUUUUGCUAAAAUUAAAACUAGAAUGUGAACAUGAAGCCUGUUCAUUAGAUUCAUUAAACACAGAGUGAUUUAGUAUCAUUUGAUUUUCAUCAACUUGGAAAAUUGAAAUAUUGCACGAGACAAA